AUGGACCCAAAUAGUUUAACAAUACAAAGCUUGAAAAAGGAAUUAUCUGAUCGUUCAAUAGAUUUCUCAAAUUGUAGAUUAAAAGUACACUAUGUUGAAUUAUUAGAAAAUGAUAUUAAAAGAAAAGAAGAUGAGUUAAAAGAAAAACUUAAAAAAGAAAAAGAAGAAAAAGAAAAAAGAGAUAAUUUAAAAAAAAGAAAAUCAAUUGAACCUUCACCAGAUAAAUCUUCAAAUACACCUAUAGUAGCAAGAACUAGAAAACAAGCUGCUGAGGUUUUAAAAAAACUUAAAGAACAAGAAGAACAAGAAGAAGAAGAAGAAGAAGUAAAAAAUGAAAAAGAAUUAGAAAAUGAUAAAAUGGAUACAGAUAGUCAUGAUAAUCCAAAGACAACCACACCAACUUCAUCAACUACCACUACUACUACCACACCAAAGUCAAAAACAAAUAAAAAUAAAAAAAAUGAGAAAAUAGAAGGAGAAGAUGUUACAGAUGAAGAGGAUUCUCAUAAAUCAAAGAAAUUAAAACAUGAUUCUAAAACUACAACUUCAACAACAACUUCAACUUCAACUCCUAUAACCACAGAAAAAGGUAGAAAAAAUAAAAAUAAAAAUAAUGAUAAUAAAAAUAAUAAAGAAAAACAAAAAGAAAAAGAAAAACCAAUUAUUAGACUUAAAACAAUUGAACCAAAACUAUUAUCAGAUAAACCAUACAUUAUACCACCAUUUAAAGAAGGUACAGAAUAUUCAGAGAUAUUAUUUUGGAAAAUAUUUAGAAAUAUAGUAUUAAAAAGAAGGAUAUUAGAUGUGUUACCAAAAGAUUUAAUGAAAAUUGAAAGAUAUGAUAACUUAUUUUGUGCACGUUGGUUAUUAACAAAUGGUUAUUUAGAAACAUUGAUUGAUUUAGUUAAAAGAGAUAAAUACAUCUUUUGGCAAUUCAGAUUUGGUUCAUUUUCAACUGAACUUCAUUGUGAUUAUGAACUUUUAUCAAGUUUCAACAUUGACGAUCACCAAUUCUUUGAAGCUUUCUAUCGUCGUUAUAAACAUAGUUUCAUUUAUGCAUCUUGUUUACAUUUAGAUCAAUUAAUUAAAAUUCCAAAAAUAUUUGAUUUAAUGGUUAAAGAUAAAGAUGUAAUAUUCCCAUCAUUUUCAUUAACUCAAGAUUUAUCACUUUUAAAACUUCAAAAUAAUAAUAAUAAUAAUAAUAAUAAUAAUAAUAAUAAUAAUAAUAAUAAUAAUAAUAAUAAUAAUAAUAAUAAUAAUAAUAAUAAUAAUAAUAAUAAUAAUAAUAAUAAUAAUAAUAGCACUACUUCUUCCACUACUAAUAACAAUAAUACAACUAAAGCAACAACUACAACAACGACAACAACUACUACAACUACUUCUACUUCAACAACUACCACCCCUAAUAAGAGUAAUGAUAAUAAUGAUAAUAAUGAUAAUAAUGAUAAUAAUGAUAAUAAUGAUAAUAAUGAUAAUAAUGUACAUUUAGAUUUUGAAAUGUCUAAAAUAAUUAAAAAUCAUUUUUAUAAGAGUUUUCCAAUUAUUCAUAGAUUUAGAUCAGAUUUUAUAGAGGUUAAUAAAGAGUCAUUUUCAAUAAAUAAGGGAGUUGAAAGUGGUUUCGGUCAUAUUAUAAUACCAUAUUUAUUGAAUGAAUGUGUUGGAUUCCAAUUUAAUGAUUACAAGAAUGCUUUUAAUCCAAGUGACUUGUAUAAUUUAACAAAGACUGAUUUCAAAUUAUUAUUAGAUAAAGGUUGCAUAAAUUUAAAUAAUAAUGAUAAUAAUAAUGAUAAUAAUAAUGAUAAUGAUAAUAAUAAAUCUAUUACAUUCAAUCAACGUAGUAAAGAUAUGAAUCCAGAUCCAUUAUAUAAUGAUAUUACAAUAAAACAAUUAUAUAAUCUUUGUUUUAUUAAAGCAAUUUGUAAAUCAAAUAAUAAUAAUAAUAAUAAUAAUAAUAAUAAUAAUAAAAAGAAAAAACAUCAAAUUCAAGAAAUUUCAAAAUUAGAUUCAAUAAUUAUUAUUAAUGAUGAUGAUGACGAUAAUAAUAAUCAAGAAUUUUUAAAUGAAACAUUAUAUAGUAUUUCAAAAGAUAAUGAAAUUGUUAAAAAAUUAAUUGAAUUUUAUUUAGAAUUAAGUGAUUCAAAAGAUUUGGUUAUGUUAUUCAUAUAUUCAUGUAAAUAUAAUCAAUUAAAAUCUUUAGAUAAAUUGGAUGAUAAAAUUUUAAAAGAAUAUAAAGGAUCAUAUUUACCAUUCAUAUCAUUUAUGAAUUUAAAAGCAUUACAAAAGAUUCAAAAGAAAUUAGAUAAAAUAGAGACUUUAGAAAAUACUAGUAGUAGUAUUUCUCUAAUUUUAAAAUGUGAUUUUUCAACAUUCAAAUUUAUAAAACCACCAUUAUCAACUGCAUCUGACAAUGAAAAAUUUAAUGUUGAAAAUCAAAAAAUAAUUGAAAAAAGAGAUGAUAAAUUAGAUAAAUUAAGAUCAAUAACAAGAAAUUCACAAAGUGAUAUAAAAUUAAAAAUUUAUGAUCAAGAAGAAAAUGAAAAUGAAAAUAAAGAAAAUGAAAAUGAAAAAGAAAUGGAAAUAGAAAAUGAAAAAGAAAUUGAAAAUGAAAAUAAAAAUGAAAUUAAAAUUGAAAUUAAAGAAUUUAUUAGUAAAGAAAAAGAAUUAAAAAUUAAUUUUUUAGAAUUUUUAGGUAAACAAUUUUUAACAUUAGAUGUUUCAUUUAAGAGUCAUUGUAAAAUAAUUCAAGAAUUAAUUUAUUAUGGUGAUGAAAUGUUGUUAAAAGGAUUUUUAGAAAAGAUAAAUUAUAGAUAUUUAUUAAUUAGAAGGGAAAAGAAUGAAAGAUUAGAAAAGAAUGAAAAUUUGAAAUUUCCAGAUUUUAAAAUUUUAAAAUUCUUUUUAGAGAAUCAAUUCAUUCAUGAUGUUAAUAGGUUAUCAUUUUCAAGAGAAUAUCAAACUGGUAUUGAUUUAAAUUAUAUUUUAGAGGAGAAAGAGAACUAUCAACAAUAUUUCGAUUUAUUAAUUGGUGCAAAUAUUGUAACACCAGAGAAAUGUAGAAACAAUUUAAUCGAAUCAAAAGGUGUUGGGAAUAAUUUGGAAAAGUUUAUUUAUUUCUAUAAUUUUGGUUUUAAAUUCUCUCAUAAAUAUUUAACAGAAUCAAUAUUGGAAAGACCAAAAAUUGCAACUUUUAUCUUAAUAAAUUCUGAAGAUAUUAAUUUCUUUUUUCAAUAUAGACUUCAUGAUCUUUCAAUACCAACUUCAUUUUCAAAUUUUAUUUUAACAAUUAUUAAAAUUUAUAAAGAACAAUUAAAAAAAUUAAAAACAAUAACAACAUCAACAACAACAACAACAUCAACAUCUAAUUCAACAACACCAACACCAACACCAACACCAACAUCAACAUCAAUAACAACUUAUAUAUCAAUAACAACAAUUGCUUCAAAAAAUAAUAAUAUAACAACAAUAAAUUUACCAAAAGGAUUAGUUAUAACUGGACCAAGUAUUACAGAUUCUACAACUAAUACAACAACAUUAGAGAAUAUUGUUGAAACAGAAUUACCAUUAGAAAAUUUAAAAUCAAAAGAUAUUUUAUUAGCACUUGGUAGUAAAAAAUAUGUAACAAUUGUAUAUAAUGAAAAUAAUUUUAAUGAAAAAAUGUUUAAAUUAAAUUUAAAAUUUUCAAAUUGUCCAAAAGAAAUUGAAAUGAAUAGAGAGAGUUUUGAUUUAUUAUUACCAAAAUAUUUAGGAGAAAGAGGUAAUUUAGAAUCGAUUAGAUUGUAUAUUUCAAGUUAUUUUCCAACGGUUGAAUCUGAAAAGAAUUUAAGAGUACAAUGUUUACUUGGUCUGUUGAAGGGUUGUACGAUGCAAGCCAAUUUAAAAGCAUUGGAAAUGAUUUACAAUGAAUUUCCACAUGUUUUCUCUGUUUGUACAAAACUUGGUAAUGAAAAAAACAAUUUUAUUCAUUUAAUAAAGCUACAACAACUUAAAGAGCUAUUAUAUGAUGCUAUUAAAAUUAGGGCUUUUGAAAUUGCAGAUUUCUAUUUGGAUGUUAUUAAAUUACCAGUAACCGGUAGACAAUUAUCAGAUGCAGCAAGAAGAAAUAUUAUCUCUUUGAUUUAUGUAGCUCAAAAGAAUAGUAAAACCUAUUAUGAUGAAGGUCAAUUUGAAAAGAUUAAAAAAUCUGGUUACUCUUUAAUAAUUCCAAAGUCUGUCACUGAUCAAACCAAUUCAAUGAUUGAAAAAAAACAUAAAAGAGAAGAAUUAAAACAAGAAAGAUAUAAUCAAAUUUGUCUUUAUAAUUAUAAUUCUGAUUCAAGUGAUGAUGAUUAUUUAUAUAAUUUAGAUUCUGAUGAUGAUGAUGAUUAUGAUUAUCAAUUUGCUAAUAAUAAUAAUAAUAAUGUUGGUUGUAAUAUAAUAUUUUUUUAUUUUUUUUUUUUUAAUUAUUUUUUUUUUUUAUUUUUUUUUUGGGUUCAAUAUUUUAUUUUAAAAAAAAAUUAG